AUGAAGAUUGACUGGGCACACUUCCUUUACAAGAUUAAGGCCCUCAAGAGUGAUCGGUAUGGCUGCAAGGAAGGAUCGCAGACCCUGAAGUAUGUCUCCUCCGAACAUGGAAUUCAAGUCAAUAUAUCCGACUACUACGUGCUGAUGUCUAGCCCGCAGGCGAUACACUACAUCGCCGCGUUCAUGCUGUAA